CCGUCGUCUGCUCCCACACAUCACUCACAGGCAUGGGGAGCAAAAAAGGAGAUGCUGCAUAAAAACUGACCUCGACCAGCUCAGUCAAUUCAGCACGUGUGCCCUCGAUGGUACAUCUGACACACACUACACCAGCCAACCAGCCCACAGUUCCCUCCCAUCCAUCCAUCUGGCUUGCUGACCGACCUUGAGGUGUGUGGGUGGAGCCGCCGUGAUGUACCCAAGCGUGUCGUCAGUGAUCAGCACGCCCCCUCCCUCAGGCACAGUCAGCUGCCGCGUCACCCGGCCGCGGUGGUCCAACACAAUGCGCCCAUGCCGGUCUAUCACCACGUACCUGCACACACCGCGGUAGACCUGUGUGUGCUGCAUCUAUACCAUGGAGAUGUACUUGUACUGGAAUGUCCCCGGGGGCAUUUCCACGGACGCCGCCCACUCGCCGCAGGGCUUCUUCUCCAGAGCCAGCACACGGUUCCAGUAGCCAAGCGCAUGACAGUCACCCAUCACCCCGACUGGCCAACCAACCAAACACACACACACACACACAGUGGACGGAGUCAUGAGUGUGUGUGUGUGUUGCCCUACUUGUUUGGUUGGGCAU